ACGAUGCCGUGACGAUUGUCCAUCCGUUACCUUUCCGUCUUUCUUUCCUUCCUUCCACCACCAUCCCGGUCUUGGUGCUCAGCCCCUAGCAGCAGCGUCCUCUAUCACCUCGCCAUCGCCAUCAGAUGGCGCAAUGGUUAUCUUCCGCUCACUGAUGAGGAACCACCGAUCUGGAGGAAGCCAGCAGCGACAUUAUCAAGCUCAGUGCUCUGUCAAAUGUACCUUCAGUUCUUCUUGGUCUUAGAAAUAUGCCCUGAUAUUCAGACCACGCUUCCCUUCCUCGACUACGAUACAUGUGCGUGAGGCACAAGCAUGAAGGGCGACCCUCCACCAAGCCAGCUGGAUACUGUAGCGAGGACUUCUGGAAUAGGAGCAUAGAUGACUGGUGUGGGCGGAUGCCAUGGGAGGUUAUGCUGCGGGUACGAAUGACCCAUUAUCGCCGUCGUCGACCUCGAUGGGCCAGCCAAUGGCGUAUCUACGAAUAUGGUAUUAGUUUGUUUAUUGCGAAUGGUGCCGCGAUGGAGGAUCUUGUCGGCCUUCGACACAAGGGAGUCGAACCAGCGGUCAAACCCGGCAGGAUCUUUGGGUAUGUCCACGAGUGGAAGCGCCACUGGCUUGCUGUAAUCCUCUUCGCUAUCGACCCUCUUCCGCUCCAGGAGAUACGUUAUCCAAGCCUCGAACUCUCCGGGGACAUCAUGGCAUGGGACAUGUUCAUGUUUGUACGACCGACGCUCUGGUUGUUGGUGGAUGUACCCAGUGGGAUCUUUGCUCCGGAGUCUGUGUCGCUGCCAGUGAGCCUCUGUGUUAUCGGUCUCCUCCUCUUCCAGACCAAAGGGAUCGAACCGGACGGGAUCAUUACGGCCAUCCAUGCCAUAAAACUAUCGGGAGUGUCCUGAGUGGGAUCAGCAACACUAUUCGGAUGCGAGAGGGACUGCAACUGGUCGAAGAUGUUAUAAAAAGAUAUCGCAUGGAGUGGCUCAUACACAGCAUAUCGAGUUCCAUAUCUUCUACUGGCGUGGCUUGGAGUCUCAUGAACCUCGAAAGCAAGAUGUCAAGUUGUGUGGCGAUAGUGGAUGACAAAUAGCCAGCCAGCCCUGAACGCCUCUCUCUUU